AUGGGACAACAUGGACAAGGAAAAGCAAAGACUCUUUCACCAAGCCAGAUAUUGUUUGACAUAACCAGUGGCAGUCCAAUUCAAGGCAAACCGGCAGGACGCGAAGUGAAAGGCGGUAGCAAUGCAGGCUCUCCUAGGGGACGGCACAAUCGGAACUCAUCUAACACCAGUCUCAAAACUGAUUCCAGUUUCACUGUCUUGAGCGUCGACUUGGGCGGUAUACAUAAGCCUAUCCCAAACUUUCGUCCUCAUCUCUGGGCUCUUCUUGACACCAAGCGCGAGACUCUCAACCUUGACCUCUUCUGGCCGAUCAAGCUGGACAACGAAGAUGAAGAUGAGGAGGAAGUGAACGAAAAUGGUGAUCCCAAAGGUGUCUUCCCAUUCAAAGAACUCCAGCCUCUCAAAACCUUCAAGAACCUCCAUUACCUUCAGCUUAACGGCAUGAUGCGCUCUUACCAACCGAUCAUCUGGGCUACUUGCUGGCAAAACAAGAACCUCACCAAAGUUCACCUCGAAAUGGCCUUGGAACCACUUUUCUGCAAAGACAUCAUGCACAAAUACCGGAAAAUCGACGUCAAAUGGACCUACAAUCGUCUCCCCGAACCAAAGACGGAGAUUAUGUAUUUGGGGGCUCAUGGUGCUGGAGUCUUGCAUGAAGAGUUUGGAGACGGCGAAUACCUCGAUCAACAAGCCAUGAAAGCAAGCCAGCUGGACGACGUCAAGAACCUUCCUAUUGAGAAUGUGCGCUACCUACCCAUCACUCAUCUCACUUUGAUGAACUUCGUGGUUGACGCUGGUCCUUUCUACCGCUGGUUCGAUCCAAAGAAGUUCAAGGAGGUGACGUUCAAGGGAGACUGUAUCGACGCCGGCUUCUCCUUGCCCCAAGAGAUGUUUUCUACGGUCACAGUCAAGUCGCCGAAGCCACUCCCACCACCUCGCUGGGUCAAACCCGGCGAAGUCAAGCUCAUCGAUAUCAAGAAGAAGCCUACUCCUACCGACACCAACACUAAGGUCGAUACAGUUGGAAGUGGGCACGGACUCAAGAGCAAGAUCAGCCAGAUGAUGCCUAAGUGGGGAUCCAAGGGAAAGGAUGGCAAGGAGCAGGAUGGUGCACAAGACACCGCCCAGCUUGGAAGCAACAUGAAGAAGAUGGAACUCUAA